AUGGAAGUAUUUGCUGGAAUCAAGACGAUUGCAAAUGGCUUUAUGUACCUUGGACUGCAGGCUGCAACCUUCGAGCUGAAGGAUGGCAAGGACCAAGAUAUUCUAAGUGGUCUUGGCUUCGCUUAUUCCCUAUCCCUGGCUUUGCGCUUGUACUGGAAAGAGUCUUGGGGAAGCACCGGGCGGUCGCCCACAACACCGGAAGGCAACACCGCUAUUCAGGUGGUCAAAGAUGGGAAGCUCGGCCUGCAAGAUGCAGCGAUUGUUCCAGUGGAUGAGACUCCCACACAGCAACUCUUUGUGGGCGACUUCACGGAAACACUUGGUGAGGACGAUGUGCUGCUUGGCAUGCAUGCAAGGAUUGCAAAUAGCUGGGUCUUGGCAGUCCUACUUCGGCAUGAAGCCUUCACGGUUCGGUGCCCCACCAAACCGGAGUUGGAAGUGAUGCUGGAAGCAUUCAAUGAGAAGUGCAAGCGCCUGGUUUUCCGGACCCCGAACGAUAUGAGACGGAAUGUGGUGAAGGUGCAGAAGCUUUGGUCCACGCUUCGAAGGCUGUGGCAAAACAGCCCCUACGGCAGCAAGUCCGACGAGGUGCAAACGCUGAAGAAUCACAUGAAGGUAAAUCCGAGGCUCCGCCGCGACAUUGCUAACAAAGUUGAGAUGGAGCUAGCUGAAGUCGUGACUGGUGAAGACAGUGAUGUCAGCGACAGCUUCUGGCCAAAGGACGACACGCCCCAGCUGGAUGAUGGCUGUGAUGACUUGGAGGCUGCAGAGCUGUUCGACAGCCCGACGGGCCACGUCACCCCCGUUAUGUUCGAAGGCCCGGUGCUGGAGUCAGACGAGGACGCCUUUGACAAGGACGCCCUUGACGCCGAACUGGCCCGAGUGUACCCAGAAGAGGAAUUUAAGGCAGCGCCAGAGCUGGAAGACAUCGAUAUCGAAAAGAUGUUCGAGGAAGCUUCCUUCCCCAGCCCCAACGACCUGCCCGAGCAUGACAAGAAGACGCUGAAAAAGAAGUCAAAGGCCCGCCUGUCCGAUUCUGAGUCGGAGACGUUGAUCCUGGGCGAGCCGGACAAGACGAAACACCCCAGGAAAAUUUCGGCUUCAGCUGCCUGCAGUUCCAAGUCUGCCAAAGCCAGCAACUGCAGAACUACAAGUUCGGAGGACGAGAGCGACAAGGUUGCCACGAAGCGCGCCAAGCGGAGCAAGAAGGAGAAACGACACUUGGACACGCAGAGCUCCGAGGACAACUACGCCUACGAGAAGCCCAAGAAAGGCAAUGUGGCGGCAAGCAAGAAGCGCGAAAGCCGGCGCAAGAAGGAGGUGAGGGUUAAAGACAAGAAGGCCGGCUCGGAGUCUGAGAGUUUGCGCAGCAAGGCGGCCCAGGACACGAAGGUUGCAAGCAGACGCAGCAAGGACACGGAGAGCUGCGAGGACGACUACAGUGAGCGCGAGGCCAAGCUCCGGGUGCCGAAGCCAGACAAGAUGGGCGGAAGCAAGCGCAAGAGGAAGGCCCUCGAGUCGAGGCCAGACUUGGAGAUGGAGAGCUCCGACGACGACGACACCAAGCACCAGCUCCACAAGAUCUCGAAGGACGACUCCAAGCGCCAGCUCCACAAGAUCUCGAAGGCAGACUUGGUCAGUGAGGGGGGCAGCAGCACGAAGGGUGGCAAGCACAAGACGAAGACCGAUGUGAAGGAGCCGAAGCCAUCGGAGACGGAGAGCUCCGAGGACGACUCCAAGUGCCAGCUCCACAAGAUCUCGAAGGCAGACUUGGUCAGUGAGGGUGCCAGCAGCACGAAGGGUGGCAAGCGCAAGACGAAGACCGAUGUGAAGGAGCCGAAGCCACGCUCGAAGGCGGAGGGCUCCGAGGACGACUCCAAGCACCAGCUCCGGAAGAUCUCGAAGGCAGACUUGGUCAGCUCGGAGACGGAGAGCUCCGAGGACGACUCCAAGCACCAGCGCCGGAAGAUCUCGAAGGCAGAGGGUGCCAGCAGCACGAUGGGUGGCGAGCACAAGACGAAGACCGAUGUGAAGGAACCGAAGCCACGCUCCGAGACGGUGAGGCCCAAGGACGACGGAUCCGGGAACGACAGAGCUGAUGACUCAGCCGUCGAGGAUCCGCACGUUCCGAAGCGCGCCAGCAAGGCACGAGAGAAGCCGAAGAAGGGUGGAAGCCGAAAGUCUAUGCACAAGAGCGACAAGAAGGGAGACAGGACUUCGACUGGUGCAGCCUCUUGCAGUGAUGAGAAGGAAAUCAUGGACAGCUUCGAGGAGGAGUAUCGCGAGGUCUUGAUCGUCUUGCCCCCUGAGCUCUUUCCGGUUUCCACCAAGCACGGAAAACAUUCCUUUACCAGGCAGAUCGACAACACGUCUGCGGUGGUGGAGGUUCUCCUCCGCCAGCGGGCCUUCAAGGCCAAGAAGAAGGCCGAUGGGACUUCGAUCAGCACCAGGGUCAGCUUCCAGGAGGAUGUGCACCAGGCCUGGGAGUCAGUGAGGAGCAUCAUUGGUCCCAAGCCGACACUCCUUUACUCCAACUACAAGUUCAUCGAAAAAUUGUUCCUGCCCUUGCCUGCGGGUAUCGAUUGGGAUGCGGAUAUGGCCUCGAGGUCAAAAGAUGCAUCUGGACGAGUACAAGUACAUGGAGGCCCCGAUUUGAAAGAAAGUCAACAUUAUCCUGCGCUAUUUGGACGCGCAGUGGCCGAACUGGUGGUUGGACAUCAGGCAAGCCUUGUUCUUCCAACCGUGUGCUGA